AUGACGAUAACGGAUGACUCGAGAUGCGCUCGCACCACCAGCGCUGGCGGUGUCGAUCGGGAAGAAGCGUGGAGGUGGCAAACAAGGGUCCCGACAGCAUCGCGCAUCGGCGCGGCGCAUCAAGGGCAGACUUUCGGUGUCCUUGUUCCUCAUCCAACGCUGAAAGGAAGGAAUAGAAAAAACGCCCAGGCCACAUUUCUGCGGCAAGCUCCCGCCGCCCGCCAUGACUACAGCGGGAGGGAUGGGGGUGGAUGA